AUGGCAGAGCGCGUCGACAUUCUGGAGAUGUACGAAGACAAGUACAAACGCUAUGAUUCAUUCAAUAAUACAUGGCAUAUCUGUGAAGAGUUUGGAGCCGGCCUGCCAGAAACGUGGCAGGAGUCAGAGGACUAUCGAACGUUCCUUGGGGACUACACCAACGAGGAGAGAGAGGAAAUCGCACAGAUGGGGUUAGGCGAUGAACCCCCUCCCAUUUUGAAUACCCCCCUCCGUGCCCCCACUCCACCCACAAAUCCUGAACCAUAUGUUGAGACAGAUUUACCUUCUGACCAUCUUCAAGCCGUCAACACCCUGCGUCAGACAUCUCUGCUGGAGCUGUUGCAAAUUGGCGUCUUCCCAAUUCCACAAUCGCAUCCUGAAAUUUCUGAGAAGGAUAGACAACAUUUUGCCCGCUGGCUUGGUUUGGACACGGAUGACAAGCCAGAAAUGCGCCGACAAUUUGAGGCGUCUGAUAUAGCUCGGCUGUCUUUGCAAUUUGUUAAAAUUUUGGUAGCUGGCAAAUACUUGAUCCACGUUAUAGGGAGGCUGAUAUUGCCCGUUUUUUUGAUUGAGCGUGGGGUACCUUUCCGUACCCUGGUGUGGAAAAGUAUGAUGCCUAAGCCCCCCCCAAGUAUGCCCGUCAUCUAUCAGCUCCCUUCUCGUGGCCCCAAUUAUGUUUUCAGCAAGCGCGACUUUGAUAGCUAUAUUCACCUCCGAGAGAUUCUGGUCCGUCAACCACGUAUCCGUGCAGCUCUUCUUCGAGGGGGGAUGCCAUGGCGGUUAGUCAUCAGCUUUACGCAUGCUGACAAAAUAUUGGGUGGUCCUGUGGGUGGUGGUCCCAUGCGAGAAGUUCAUCACCCUUCUGGUGAGACGCUUGUCGACGAUGACCUAACAGAUUUGGAACUGGAUUUGUUAUGCGGGACAUAUAUUUGUGACACAGGGCAAGGUCCCGUCAUAGCAUACAAAUCUUGGUUCCCACCAGCUUUUUUCUUUGAGAAGAAAGAUUGUGCGGAGAACUAUGGCCAGUGGACUGAUUACCGGGAAGCCAGAUAUAGGGGUCGUUUGUCGGAUAUUGGGGCUCAACCAGAGCCUGUGUCAAGAUGGCGGGACCAGUUGAGGGGUAGUCUAGAUCACGUGCAGGCAGUCAACUCAGACGAUUGUUACAAUUUCGAGAUGAUCGGAGGCUUGAGAGAGCUGGUCUCACCACUGGUGUUGACGUUCAAACAUGUUUCUACCCCUGGCCAACAGAUUUUAACUGGGAUCCAACUAAUCAGAGAGGAGUUGGAUCUUCGUUGCCAGCUCCCCGUCUCUAGCCCUAUGACUCUGUUCACUUUCGCCAAUGAUCCCCUCACUCACGGAGACUAUACCUUUCCAGCUGAAGCAGAUAUAGAACUCACCUACACCUUCAUCGGUGGGAACGCUAUGCAACAAGAGAAAGUCAAGACUGUCGUCCAAGAGUGGGUGAAGUGUGUUAACUCAAGCUCACUUUUGUCGCCAACGGCAACGCUGCCAUUCGUAUCAGUUUCGAUCCUCGCUCGGGCUCUUGAUCCUACGUUGGGAACGAAGCUUUGUGCCAGUGGCCGGAACGGCUGGUUCACUGGUGAUGGUUGGUUCCUCAAUGGUGGCCGCCUCAAAAAUGGCUGGUUCCUCAACUGUUGGUUCUUCAACAACGAGUGGUUCCUCGACGGUGGCUGCCUUCCACCAUCGGUCUCACGACGCAGCCACAGAUCAAUCUGCCCCCAAAGUCGUCUCGUCCCUGUGACCGUCGACCUUCACAUCAUCAUCCGCGACCUCAUGCGUACACGAAUUCUUUGCCGUUUCCCAACAAAUCGUCAAAUUGCCGCUCUGUCGCUAUCGCUGAUGGAGAGAGUUCUGGCGUCAUUUACGAUGUACAGCGAACUGAAGGAAGCUACUACGGACUCAGAAUAUGACAAGGUGUUCGCGCGCUUACAGAUGGAGUGGACCUAUAUCGGAGGUUUGCUAGUCGCACUAGCAGCGUAUGUACAUUCGACUUCGUUCCCGGAAGGAGUUGCUAAUGUCACUUACAUCAGUGUCGAUACAGCCGUCUUCUCCAUCUCCCAAGGGUCACUAUUCAAUGUCAACUUCUACGCUCGGCGUGCUAUUGCUACGAGCAGCAUUGCAUCUGGUCUCGGCAUCGCAUGUGACGCCUGGUUUCUCUUGCAAUAUAACUGGGCAGACCUACAGACAUUCAUUGCUCGUGCUCGGGACGUAUACGGCUCUUACUUCUUCUUCUCCCUCUCAGCGCGUGUCCCAGGCCUCUGCAUGUUCACCUCCGCCCUCUCCCUCAUGCUCUUCCUCGAGCUUGUGGCUUUCGACGCCUGGCCAGAAGGGGUGGUUAUGUCCCUGCAGUUUUUGGUUUAUGGCGCGCAUUGGUGUGUGGGGCGAGUGGUUGAGGGUGGGCGGACGGGUAUCAGGGCAGUUAGAAGGGUUACGGGUUGCUCAAAUUGA